AUGGCGGGUUUGGCUGCUAAUAAUUCCAGAGGUGGUCAAUCCCAGCCAUCGGGCAACCAACGCCCUCAAAGGAACCUGUCUCGCCGCGUUUCAUUUAACGAGUCGACUCUCAAGCAAUCUGAAUCCCCUCGAUCUUUUGUGAUCGACGUCGAAGGUCAGAGAAACAAUACGCCACCCCGCAACUCCGGCUGCAACAUCUGCUGCGCAUGGGCUUCCCUCAUCGUAGGCAUAUUGGUCGUGAUGUUUCUCAUUGUUGGAGCCAUAUUCUUCUCCUUCUUCCAAUCCAACAUGCCAGAAUUCCAUUUCCAGAGGCUCCAGAUUAACAGGCUUGAUAUUUCCACGACCAAAAGUUCUGAUACUACAUUCUUAACCACGGAUAUCCAAGUAGACCUGAACGCCACCAACAAGAAUGGGAUAAUGCCGGUGUUUUAUACCUCGUUGACUGCUGAUUUGUCCUCUCAGGACAUCGACUUAGGCAAGGUGCAUCUUCCAGAUAUGGAACAGAAACCUCAGAAUUCCGCACGGUUGAAGUUGCAUGCUCAGCUUCAAAAGGAACCCGUCACAGAGGCUGAUGCUAAGGACCUGAAACAGAAAUCCCAAAAUCACCAAAUUCUUAUGAACGUGAUCGUUGGAGGUGUUGUACAUUAUGUCAUUAAUGGACAUAAGAUGCCGGGCUUCCCUUUCAAAGUCCUCUGCGAGGACAUCUAUCAGGGGUUACUCGACAGUGGAGAAGUGCCCAAAUGUCAGGUCAAAAUGACCCCCGUCAGUUGAUGAUGAUGAUGACUUGAUCCUUUGCGAAGGCAAAAGAUGCAAGAAUUGGUGAGGCAUUGGCUGUGUUGAAUGUUU